UGUUGAAAAUCUCACACUUGUUUUCAAUAAAACGAACAUUUAUCUUCUACAGUAAUAUAAUUCGCCAUCAAAAUGAAAGCAGCAAUCUUACUGGCGCUCUUCUGUUGCGUAGCCGUUGCCGUAGGCAGAGAAUGUCAAUUGAAUAGUGAUUGCAACCCUGAUGAAUGUUGCGUGAGGAGGAAUAUACAUCCUGCAAGAUGCUUAAAACUAAGACAGGAAGGGGAAUACUGUGUUCUUGAGGAUGAAGGGAAGGAAGAAAGCGAGUACCGUCACAUGUGCCCUUGUGCAGAAGGACUAACAUGCGGAAGGAAGGCAGAUAAUCGACAAUAUAGUCCUUUCAUCACUGUGAGCAUCUGCAGAAAAGUCACUGAAUGAAUCACUUGGUUAAAGCUAUGUGCUGAUACGCUUUGUUUCAGUAAAACUCAAAUGCCAUUUUUAGCAAAAUAUAUAAGGAAAAAUACUUUAUUCUUUUAUUCAUAUAGUAUAGUACGCUGUAUUACCUCCAAUGAUAUUACAUAAAUUUGAAAAUAUUUAAUGUUAUUUUGGAUGUAGAAACUGAAGUCCAGUACAAUAAUCGAAAUUUUGCUGGAGUAAGAUGUUAUGUAAUGUGAUAAUGUUAUGAUAAAUGUUCAAUAAAAAGAAGUGUUGUUAAAA